AUGACGGAUUUCGCUCCGCCCACUGGACCGCCUCCUCCGAAGGUGCCGGAAGGGUGGAAGGCCGUUUUCAACGAUCAAUACAAAGAAUGGUUCUACGUCAAUCUCCACACCAAACAAUCGACGUGGGAGAAACCUACUGCGCCGGCCGUGCCUGCAAACGAUGACGCUCCGCCUGGGGCGCCUCCACCGUCCUACUCCGCCGGUCGGGAUGCCCCCCAAGUGUCGGACGCAAAGCGCCCGCUAGAGUCGAACAAUCCAUACAACAACACGAGCAGUCCGGCCACGGGCUCGCGCGAAACGGACGAAGAGUUGGCUCGACGUCUUCAAAGUGAAGAGAACACCCGCGGCGCCGCCGACACAUACUAUAACUCCAGCGGUUCUGGUGGCCCCAAUCCUCCUGGCAUCCAAGGCAACUACCCCGGCGCUCCGACCUCGCCUUCGAACCAGCUGCCUCCGCGACCAGAGAGCGCCGGCAAAUCCAAGGGUUUCUUUGGCAAAUUGCUUGGAAAGUCGAGCAGCAGCAGCAGCCCCUCACCCUAUCCGCAACAGCCACGUCCCGGCUCUGGAUACCCUCCCCAGCCAGGAGGAUAUAACCCAGGCUACUCACCCGGUCCUGGGUAUGGUCCUCCUCCCGGUGCCGGAUACGGCGGGUAUGGGCCACCGCAGGGCUAUGGGGGAUACGGACAACCUGGUCCCGGCUACGGCCCUGGGCCGGGGUAUGGCGGUUAUCCAGGAUACGCGCAAGCUCCACCUAGAAGGUCUGGUGGUCUCGGCGCCGGAGGAGCAGCGGCUCUGGGCCUCGGAGGUGGUCUGCUUGGUGGUGCAUUGUUGGCUGAUGCCUUUAACGACGGCCAGCAGGAUGCCUACCAGGAAGGCUACCAGGACGGAGCUGACGGCGGCGGUGGAGACUUUGACGGUGGUGGCGACUUCUAA